AUAAGCCUCCAGCCCGUACUCGGCGCGCCGUCCCGCGCCGCCGCCGCCAUCUCGCUCAGCAGCUCCUCCACCACUGCCGGCAGCGUGAGCGCCCGCGCCGCCACCGCCAUGACCGGUCCCGCGAUAGCCGGGGCGUGGCGGACGCGGUGACGUUGAGUGCGUCCCGACCAAUCGGCGGGCGCUCGACGCCGGUGGCGGGACUUCCGGGGCGGGACUUCCGGGCCCUGGACCGCAGUCCGCAGAGGACGCGGACGGCCAUGCCCCGGAUCCUGGGCGCGGGCCUGGCUCUACGUCUCCUGCGGGUGGCAGGGCGGCGGGGUCGGGGCUGCCCGGCGCGCCUGCUGCCGGGUCCGGCGGGAGGCCGAGCGCCCGCGGCGGACGCGCCGCCGUGCCGAGAGGCGCCGCGCGGCCUGGGCCCGGGCCUGCUGCCGCUGCUGGCAGCGCUCGCCUGGUUCUCGAGGCCCGCCCCGGCGGAGCAGGAGCAGGAGCGGGAGCGGCAGGGCUCGGGCGGGGCGGCGGCCGGGGACGCCGAGGCUGAGAUCAUCCAGCUGCUGAAGCGAGCCAAGUUGUGCAUCAUGAAAGAUGAGCCAGCAGAGGCAGAGCUAAUUUUGCAUGAUGCUCUUCGUCUUGCCUAUAAGAGUGAUAACAAGAAGGCCAUCACUUACACUUACGAUCUGAUGGCCAACUUAGCAUUUAUACGGGGUCAGCUUGAAAAUGCGGAAAAACUUUUUAAAGCAACAAUGAGUUACCUGCUUGGAGGGGGCAUGCAACAGGAAGACAAUGCAAUAAUAGAAAUCUCUCUAAAGCUGGCCACUAUUUACGCUGCUCAGAAUAGACAGGAACUGGCUCUUGCUGGUUAUGAAUUCUGCAUUUCAACUCUAGAGGAAAAAAUUGAAAGACAAAAGGAAUUAUCAGAAGACACUUUGUCAGUGGAAGAGAAAGCCAACACCCACCUCCUCUUGGGCAUGUGCCUAGACACCUAUGCCCGCUACCUUCUGUUCUCCAAGCAGCCAUCACAGGCACAAAGGAUGUAUGAAAAAGCUUUGCAGAUUUCUGAAGAAAUACUAGGAGAAAGACACCCACAGACCAUCGUGCUGCUGAGUGACCUGGCCACCAGCCUGGAUGCGCAGGGCCGCUCCGAUGAGGCCUGUGUUCACGCACAGAGGGCGUCAGACCUGGCGAGACAGGUGGAGCACCCUGAGCUCCACGUGCUGCUCAGUAAUCUGGCUGCGGUCCUGAUGCACAGAGAACGAUAUGCACAAGCAGAAGAGAUCUACCAGGAAGCACUGAAGCGAGCAGAGCUGAAAAGAGAUGAGGUCUCUGUGCAGCGCAUCAGGGAGGAGCUGGCUGGGCUGUCAAGAAAAAGGAGACCUUUGUCGUAGCCUUGCCGAGCUCUGGACCCCUUUCUGUUGUAGUGAAUUUAUGGUAACACCUCUCAUUCCAGUCCCAGUGGCACCCUGAUCAAUGGCUUAAAUCCUCUGUCCUUGAUACUCAAGUCCCCUCAACUUAGCCUUGCUGGAGGACAAGCUGUACACAGUGUGUGCACUGCCGCGUUGGCUUUGCGAAGAAAGCUCCCCCCCCGCCACCUGACUUUGCUUCUGCGACGGGUGUCGGUUAAUGCUUUCCGUUGCAGCAGACGGCUGGUUAGGUGCUGUCCAUGCUGGUCCGAGAAUAACUCUAGAUUAAGAGGGGCCAGUUUCCCUCUGGGGUGGGGUCUGGCAUUUCAGCCAGGCGUCUCUCCCAUAUAAGAUUUUUGUCCAAUGAUUUGCUGCCUUCUCUUACCAACACCUGGCAGACCAGAGCUACCGGUCUCAUGGCAAAGGGGGAUGACGGUGAGUUAUUUUCUCUUAUAAUUUAUCUCCUGAAGCCCAGUGUGGGAUUUAAUGCGUAAAAAAGUAGUAUCUUGGCUUGCCAGCAGCAUGAAGUUUUAAAGUGGGAAUUAGGCACUUGAAAGUAUAGUGCCCAUUUGAUUAUAAAUAAAAGCGAACUGUAUGUUUUUGUA